AUGGGAAGGAUAUAUGACCGGCAAGUCGAUCUCUUCAGUCUUCUCCUCAACCACAAUCAAUACUCAUCGCGAGACACCGAGCCAGUACUCGAAGAGAUCUCCCAGAACGAAAACACUGUACCUUGCUUGCAAACCGCCAACAUGUCCGACUCCAAGGUCUUGCCCCGCAUGAGCACUGGAGACAUGAACAUCAUGAUCGUAUGCUUCAGCGCUAUGAUCUUUGUCUUCUUCCUGGCAGGCGUCGUCUACUACACCUGGAAGCCUAGCCGUAACGGCGAUCCCGCUCCUGUCGACGCCGCCCCUGACACCGGCGCUCAUCGCAACCUCGCUCACGACAACCUCGCUCGUCCUUUCGAUGGCAGCACUGCGACUCAUCGCGUUAUGAUCUGGUCUGAUGCUCCUCGUCGCGAUAGCAACACUGGCUGUCGACUGCCUAUCUUCCAGCGACGUCGCGAGACCAGCCUCGAGCGGAACACUAUUCCCCUCCAGUCCGUCCCUGGUCGUGAGAACCCUCGUAACAACGCCGAAUAG